AUCUCAAACGCCUUCACCCCCACCCACAAGAUGAUGUACCAAAUCGCCCCUUUCUCCACGCAUCUGACCUUCCACGACCGUCGCCUACCGCACCCCUUCGCAUCCUCUCUGGGCGGACUGUCCGCCUGCAUGCCUGCCUCCGCGGCGCGGACAUCCGAGGUGGAGCCGUCCUUCUCGCAGCACAGCGCGGAGGGCGCCCUCCUCGUCGAAAUCGAGCUGCCGGGUGUGGCGCGUAGCGACCUGCAGGUCACCAUGCAGGGCCGCCGCCUCGUCGUCGUCGGAAAGCGCUUCAAGGAGCGGCGCCAGGACGCCGCUUCGGAGGAGACCGCAGAGGCCCAGGAAAAGGCCGAUGAGAAGAGCACGGAGAAACAAGCAGCGAAGACGUUCAAGGCCGUCUUCCACGUCCCGCAAAUCGUCGACGUUGAGCGGAUUGAAACCGUGGCGCACAAGGACGGCGUGCUCACACUACGACUGCCGCACGCGAAGGCGUCGCAGCCGCGGAAGAUAGAAAUUGAGUAGAUGCUCGCUACUA